AUGGUCACAUACUGAUGACAAGCUGGACUCAGCUACAUCUGAUUCUCCCAGCUCUCUGAAAAAGGACUGAGGCAUGCUCUGAAGACAGAAUUCAAAACAACUGCCAAGAAGACUUCCAGCAGCAGCAGCAUACAAAUUAUGAAAGUGAAAAAGGAAUAA